CAUAGCAGUGUCGUUAAAACCGCAACAAUGAGGAUUGCAACGGGUGUUAUAUUUCUCAUGAUUUGUACCAUUUACGUGGUACAAGCUCACCGACCAACGGGACAAUCAAAAGAUGUCGCACCAACUACUGCACCGCGAAAAAAUUGGCUGGACAAAUUGAAGACUGCCAUUGCGAAGCGGAUUACGAAGAUGCCUAUAACCUCGACUACCACAACGACGACCACCACCACCAAGAAACCUACCAAAACUACUAAGCCAAAGCCCUCGAAGAAAACGAAAGCUCCAAAGACUAGCACUACGAAGCCUUCCAAGACUACCGUGAAACGAUUGAUGACUUCAACGAGUGUUACGGUGACUACGCCACGUCCCACAACUACUACCUUUGAACCUACAACGAGUACAACGAUUCCAUCGACGACCUCGGUUGCUUCUAUCACAACGAAAUCGUCAACGGCAUCUUUGACGAUACCUACUACAGCUCCUAUAACAACGGUCGCCUCUACUACUUCAAGCACUACGAGUACUAGCUCGACAACGGCAAAGGCAUCAACUACUACUACUGCUACUACUGCGCCUCCAAGUACAACAACUACACCGACUACAACCACAACGACGACUACUACUACCACUACUACGCCUACUACUACUCCUACAACGACUACUACCACUCCUACGACAACUACUACUACUCCAAUGACGACUACUACUACUCCUACUACUACUACUACAACAACUACAACCCCAACGACAACUACUUCCACUACUACCCCUACAACUACUACCACCACGGCAACGACUGCUCCUACAAGGUCAACACCUAUCACUACAACUACAAUUCCAACCUCAACUACAACAGUGGCUACAACAACACCGUCCAUCACUAGGACUACGACUACAACGCCUGUUCCAACGACAACCACUACUUCGACGUCAACAACAACGAAAACGAUACCUACAACAACAGCACCAAUAUUAAUCUUCCCACCGGGCAGACCAGGAGACGGAAAUGUAGGUGGCAAUGGCAAUGGAGGCGGAAAUGGAAGUGGCAAUGGAGGUGGCAAUGGGGGUGGAAAUGGGGGUGGAAAUGGAGGCGGAAAUGGGGGUGGCAAUGGUGGCGGAAAUGGAAGUGGCAAUGGGGGUGGAAAUGGUGGCGGAAAUGGAGGUGGCAAUGGAGGCGGAAAUGGAGGUGGCAAUGGGGGUGGAAACGGAGGCGGAAAUGGUGGCGGAAAUGAAGCGCAGUCCGCUCUGAAGCUACCCAAGUUUUCGCGGACGCAUCUUCAUUGGACGAUGAAGAUCGCCAUCGGGUUGUUGGCGUUUGCCAUAUUGGCAGUGUAUGCGGUAGAUGCGCACGGUAAGAAAGCUCAAGAGGACGAUAAUACGGUUGCGUGGAUCGAUAUUGCCAAGGGAUGGAUGAAGAUUUACAUCAAGGUGAAACCUAACGAGCAGAAACGGAAGUUAAAAACGACCACACGUGCCACACCGAGGACGGUUCGACCAAUAACUACGCGGUCUAGGCUUCCUCCAGGAUUAGUCAAAAGAACUACGCAGAGGCGAACGACAACGCGUCGCAUUAACUUAACAAAGCCCACCAUUCGUUUGACGACAAGGCCAGGAGGAUCGACAGUAACCACGUCCAAAGUAAUGACAACAACCACAACUAAACCGAUGUCUACCACUACGUCCACCACGACUAGACCUUCCUCUACAACUACGAGGCCUACGACCGCUUCCACGACAACGGCUAGACCAACCACUUCAGCCACCACUGUUCCUACAACAACGACUAGACCGACCACUACCUCAACAACUGUGGCAACGACAACGACUAGACCAACAACUACGUCAACCACUGUUACGACAACGACAACGGCUUCCACAACUGUUCCAACAACAACCACGACUAAACCUACAACGACUGCAACCACGACUACUACCACCACAACUGUUCCAACAACGACGACUAAACCGACGACAACUGCUCCACCAACAACAACUACAACGGCUGCAACAACUACCGCGUCAACAACUGCAGCAUCAUCCACCAGCGCAUCGGUGACUACUACCACAACAACUACCGCUGCCAGCAACAAGAUCGCUUCCGCGAGUACUGCUGGCGGAAGUUCGGGCGUGUCCUCUACUACCGCUACCACAACUACGACUGCUCAGGUCAGUACCAUCCCUAAUGCGAACAGCAUACAAAAAUCUUCCCCUAUGACGGAUAAUGUUGAUCCUUUCGCUUCCUCGACAACGUACGGCCUGACCCUCCCGAAUGCGAUUGCCACCACAACCAUCCUCAACAGAGCGCUGAUGCCUACUCCUACGACUACGGCGACUAUUCCAGCUACUAACGAGGACGAGGACUCGGGCUCGGUAGAGUACUAUUACGACGAUGAGGAAGAGGUUGUGGAUCAGCUAGGCACCGCUGGCAGCCUAACGCCGAGCGGCGCUAGUGCUACCGAGAAAAAGAAAUCCAAGAAAAAUAAUAGGAACAAGAACAAAAGCAAAGACAGAAACAACAGGGACAAGAAGAACAAUGGCAACCAAUUCGGGGUUGAUAAGAAUUCGAAGACUGCACAAGGGAAGUAGCGUUAGCACUGUUCGGUUGAAUAAAUGACUGUUACUAUCUGUGAGGCACAAAACCAUCACCAACCACCAAGUAA